AUGGACUACAGCACCAGGGGCUGGCAUUGCAUCAACUGCGGCGUCGGAGAGAACGCAAAGCGGGGACAUGCAGGAGUGAUGGUUUUACUGAGGGCCAGCCGGUUUGAUCAGCAGAGCAUUCGCUUCAAUCAUGUGGUGGCAGGGAGACUUCUGCACGUGAAGGCCUACGGCAAGGGCAUAGGCUGGGUGGAGAUAGUCAACAUCUACCAGCAUGCGUGGGGGCUGCACGGCGAACAGACCACUCUUGAGGCCAAGAGAGCUACACUUUGGGAGCAGAUGCGGCUAACGUUGGGUCAGAUCCCUCAGAGCAGUGCACUUAUCGUUUGUGGCGAUUUCAAUACCGCGCUUCAGCCCCGGGCUCCAUAUGUUGGUCGAGGUCUCCCGCGGCAACAGCAGAGUUCGUCAGAUGCAGAGGCUUUGGAACACAUUCAGAAUGAUUUUGAUUGCAUUGCUGCCAACACUUUUCACAGGUGGGAUGCUGGCGAGCAGGAGGACGGCAUCUACCAGUCCAUGUGGUUUUCACAAUGGCCGAGCUGGAAGUGCAAGCUACUCGCUCAGCAGGUCAGAGAGCACCCCGAGCUUGUGGAGCAGUUUCAGCAGCAAGUUGCGGCAUCCCUAACGGCUGUUACCUCUUACGAGCCCCAGCAGCUGAAUGACCUGCUGCUUGAGGCGGGCAAGAAGGUCGGGCGUCUUCGGCGUGCCGACUAG